AAAAUUAUCAGGAAGAUAAUAUUGCAUAUAAUGUUGCGGCAAAUAAAAAUGCAGUGAAAGCAUAUGUUAUCCAACAAAUUGUGGGUGUUUAAAGCCAAAAAUAAAGUAAUUUAAUAUCUUUAUCAGACACCUUACGAUAACAACAAACAGCAGAAACGGCAACAGCAACAAAAAUAGAAGAAGAAUAAAGAAACCACAACUGGAGAUAUAGAAAACGGCACAAUAAUUUAAGAAAGAAUGAUGAACUGAAAUGUGCAAAUAUUAUCAACGUAAUUAUGCCAAUUCACAUAAUUUUUUCGAUUUCAACGUGAAAAAUGUCGUCGACACAAUUGCUGCAUUCGUUAUUGUUGUUGCUACCACUGCGUUGUCGUCGUAAUUGCAAUAAACUAAUCUCUUUGGCCGUGUUGUUGGUGUCAGCGCUCUACGCACAUAAAGCGCAGCGACAACAGCAAAGACAGCAACAACAAGAACAUCAGAAGGAGGAGGGGCAGGACGGUAGCAAUAAAAGUGAUUGGCACCCUCGCACCAAAUUUGCAAGCAGAAUAACAGCAACCAAAAACACAAGUGCAACAGCAACAGAAUUGGUUCUGUUGUUCGAUCUGCACUAUUCGGCGUACAUUGCGACCACAGUUGCUCCCAAGAAGCGAGGCAUCAUCAAGUGUAACGCUAAGAGAAGCAACAGCUACAACAAUCGUAGCAAUUGCAGCAAUCACUUCAUUGCUCCAGAUCAUAAUCGGAAUCCGAAUCCGAGCCAGAACCUUCAUCGUUACAGGAGCAGCAGCAGCAGCACGUAUCACCACAGCACGUUCCCAGCGGGCACAGGGGCUGCGUAUACUUGCUGGCGGAGCAGCCACAGCCACCGCAGCCCCUGCAGCAGUGUAGUUGCAGUUGCCGGUGCAGAGGCUAGGUUCAAGGAGCUCAAGCAGCUACAACUGCUACUGUCUAGCUCAAUAAGAGCAACUACUAAGACUCGUUCGACGUUAAGUGCGUCGUUGCAUACGCGUAAGAGCAGUAAAUCUCCUCCAUCCAUAAGCGCUUCGUUUGUGAGGCUAAUUACAGCAACCAGAACAACGAAACAACUUAGUGUCACACGGACGUGUACAGAAGGAGCAGCUGCGAUAGCAUUAAAAACAACAUUGUCAGCAUCUACACCUGGGUCAGCGGCAGCAACAACAAAUCACAACAAUAGCACAAAAUCAUUGCCAGUGGUCGAAAGUGCCAUUAGCUAUUGCGCCAGAUUAAUAUCCAUAGCAACUUAAGAGCUUCAUCAGCCACAAACAAAAAACAAAUAAUUCCACAUAAAAACAAACAAAAGAAAACGUUCCAUACCCAUCCAUAAGCAACAACAACAGCCACAAAAUGUCAAAGCUGUCAUUCAGAGCACGCCACUUGGAUCCGUCCAAGCAGAUGCCCAUCUUCUUGGCGGAGGAGUUGCCCGAUUUGCCUGAGUAUUCAGCUAUCAAUCGUGCCGUACCGCAAAUGCCCAGCGGCAUGGAAAAAGAGGAAGAGUCGGAACACCAUUUGCAGCGUGCCAUUUGCACAGGCCUAAUUAUACCCACGCCCGAGGUGUUGCAAACGGAUCAGACCUUUUAUGACGCGUACUAUCCACCUGAUUACAAAAUGCCACGGCAAAUGAUACACAUGCAACCGCUUGGCCUAGACACGGAGGUACCCGAUUAUGACAUGGACAGUGCGGACGAGGAGUGGCUGAGUCAGCAACAACGUUUGGAACUUACUGAACUUAAAUUCGAACAAAUGAUGGAUCGACUUGAAAAGAGUUCAGGCCAAACAGUCGUCACGUUGAACGAAGCCAAAUCGCUGCUAAAUCAGGAUGAUGAGACGAGUAUAUCAGUAUAUGAUUAUUGGCUUAACAAGCGCCUCAAAAUGCAACAUCCGCUGAUACUCACGGUGAAAACCGAAAGUCGUCCCGGUGCCUCCUCCAAUAAUCCAUACUUGGCGUUUCGUCGGCGUACAGAGAAGAUGCAAACCCGCAAAAAUCGUAAAAACGACGAAGCAUCCUACGAAAAGAUGCUUAAGCUGAGGCGCGAUUUGCAACGUGCCACAACGAUCUUGGAAAUGGUGAGAAGGCGCGAGGAGACCAAACGUGAUCAAUUAUUGGUGACAAUGGAUAUAUUGGAGAAGCGUGUGGGCAUAGGUGACUUCAACGGUGCUGUGUACUCGGAGCUCAACUCGCAUUUCAAAAUGUCAAGACCCGUGUAUAAUCCACUUCAAUACUCACAAAACGCAACAGUUGUGGCAGGUGCGACGGUGGGCACAAAUGCGCUUCUGGCCGGUCCUGGUGGCGUGUUGCCGCCGGGAUUGCUAACUCCCGGUGCCCCUGGCGCAACGGCCGCAGCUGGCUUGUAUACGCCUGCGUCGCAGUACCUGAAUACGUCGAGCCUGGCAAUGGAAGCUAUCAGUGCAGGUGGUAACAACAGUAGUCGUAAGGAGAAGCGGCCGUAUAAGAAGCGAAAGCACAAAUUGCCGCGCGAAAAGCAACAGCAGCAACAACAGUAUUUUUCGGGAAUUGGCCUGGUGCCGCCUGCUGCGGGCGUAUCACCUGCACAUCUGUCCCAUUUGCACCAUUUGCAUCGGCAAAGCGCGUCGCCAGCGGCGAACGAGUCAAAUGUUGAGACAGAGGAGGACGAUUAUAUCAGCGGCAGCGCUCAAAACGGCAACAAGUUGGGCUCCGAGAGCGAAGACGAAGCACCAUUCGCAUUUAGACGCAAGUCAAGUUGUAAUUAUCUCCGGACGCGACAACAAUGUGGUUUGUGGCCCUGGGAACAACCAUCGACGUAUGAAACGACGAAUGCCACCGCUCUCGCGAAGUACCGGUACACGCUGACUUCCAUCAAUAAUCAACAAAGACCGCGUUGCAUCGGCUUUGCCCGCCGGCGGCUGGGACGCGGUGGACGCGUGCUCUUCGAUCGCGCGACAACGAAUUUCGACGAUUUUUGGUCACAGCUCGAUUACACUGUUCUGGAAAGUGUGGUCAGCACGAAGCCGGCGAAGAAGGAAAUUGUCAAACCAAGUUCACCGCCCACAGUUGUAGACCUGCCCACAUCGACGAAAGUGACCGACCCUAUACCGCCUGAAAUUAAAGUCGAGCCCAUUGAUGAAGCGCACGUUGUUUUGAAGCCCCACCACAAUCAGCCCGAUAACGAUAACGUCGAUGUCGAUGAGGAAGAUGAUUUUGAUGACGAAGACGAGCUCGGCACUGACGACGAGAAUGUAUCCCGUUUGGAUGCUUACAGCUCUGCCCUGACUCUGCUACAGAGUCCGCACGACAUGCGCAUGAGGCGGCGACGUCUGAGACGCAUGAAGCAACAGCUCCGAGAAUUAAAUGCUGCGAAGCGGACGAAGUUAGCUAACGACAGUGCCACUGGCAACAUAAGCACCAGCCUAAGUAAAGAGUCCAAAAGUCUGCCAUUGGUGCCGCUGCCCAGGGUGUAUUUACAUCGUUUGGCCUUGGCAUUGCAGCGAAGUGAGGAGAAGCAGCAGAAGGCGGCACUGUCGGUCAUGAACGAUGCAGGUGUGACCGAGGAGCAAGUGAUUAAGCAAGAGGAGGUCGCCGAUAUUAAUGCGGUCAGUGAAAAGCUUGAUGUUAAGCAGCUGGAGCUGUCGGAGCAGCAGUCGCGACCCAAUCAUCAGCACCACCGUUCCAACAAUAACACCGUGUUGAACAACAACAACAAUAGUAGUAGUAGUAAUAUGAAUAAGAAUGUUAGCAUUAGCGAUAAAUUCAAUGUGAUAAAAGUGGAAGGUAUGGAGGAUGAGCAGCAGCAACAGCAGGAGGAGCCGGUAGCGUCCACAUCGGCGGCGGCUGCUGCAGCGCGAGCAGCAGAGGCGGCAGCAGCAGCCGUAGCGUCUGCAGCGAGCACUUCCCAGGCGUCAUCGAUGAUGGAAGAUGUGGCCAAGACGAUAAAGCGCGAGCUAAUCGAUGCGGACGACUCCAACGAGCCAUUGAGCAGCAUACGCAUAGCAACGGUGGCCAUGCAGCAGGACCUUGUCGAUGAUGAAGAAGACGAUGUAAACCUGGCGCAGUUGAGUAACAUUAUCCGGCACACUGUAAAGAAGGAAUUGCAGUCUCAGCAGAGCUUACAGCAGGUAGAAGAGAAACAGUUAAGCGAGCAGAGUCCGACUUUGGACGAUCGUGCUGAGAAUCACGCUCCUGUAGACGAUGAUGCGCCUUGCCUCAAUCAAAUGCCAGACGUAAUUCGUUUACGAAAUUUGCGCAAUUGUAAUCAUCAGGAAACGAAGUCAGCUCCAGUGAAAGCCGACGAUCUUUACAUCGAUGCCGAUAUGGAUGAGGUCGACUACAACAGCGGACUCUCGCCCACGUCAAGCCAGCGCCUAGACAUCUGCAACGAGUUGCUGUCAGAAAUACGCCGGGAUUGGCUUCAUUUCAGGCCCAAAACGCCCACGGAUAUAUUGUCUGAUAUCAACAAUGACAAGGACAGCGAGGAGGUGGACGCGGGGCUCGUUGACUGGACACAAGAUACGCCCAUUACUGUUGAGCUCAAUCGUCUAACCCGUGAGGGCAAGUUAAAACGAAAGACGAAUAUCAAUAGUGACAACGACGAUCCUUACUUCCUGAGCAGCGCAUUUAAGUACACAGAUCUCGAGACAGAUACACAACUGCUUCAGACGGCAUAUGCCUGGGACGUAACGCGGGGCAGCAGUAAGAGUCCGGACGCAGGUGGAAAUUCUAACUCGGCGCUUGAUUUCAAUCUCAGCGGAGGUGACUCACUCACAGACAUUAAUCUGUUAGGCGACGGGGACGACGAGACCGAUGAAAAUAUGCUGGACAACAUUUUGCAGGAAUGUGGCAUGGAUGAUCCCAAGGCGCUCAACCAAGCGACAAAUUUCUGGAAUGGUAUUCUGGACGGCGAGGCGGCCGUUGACGACGUAGCCAACGAGGUAGCGUCUGCCGAGGGACUCCUGGAUUGCAUUGAUGACAAGAAAGCGAAAGGGGCUGCUGAUUCGAAGCGCGCCGGUCGCCAUCGUGGGGGCAAAGCACGCGUUUUCAAUGGACCCGUUGGAUGUUCCAGUUUUUCUGUUGGCGCCACAGCGCUCUCUCUGCGCGAACAGCAACUUUUCUUCAGUCAGGCUGUCCCGAAAGCAGAACCAGAGACCCCCGAGAUUAAAACGGAGCCAACUGAAAUCGUUGUCGAUGCGGCAGUACAGCAGCCGCAACAGCAGCAACAGCUUCAGGUUUCUGUACCGAACGUCUCUCCUGCGAUUGCAACAGCGCCUCAAGUUCUCAAUAUACCCGCGCAAAUCACACAGCAACAACAACAACAGCCGCAGCUGCAGCUGCAAAAGACGCAGCAGCCGGUCACGCAACUGCUAACCCAAUUUGCGAACGUGGCGCAACAGGCGCAACUUAUCACACGGGCUCCUUUGCAGACAACGACGGAAUUUGUGGCAACGGCUACAUCUGGCGCCUCCGUUGGCGAUAUUGUCACCAUAACACCUCAUACGGGCAAUUCGCUCUCAUCGCCACUGCCUCAGCAGCAACAAAGUCUUUUGCAGCCACAGCUACCAACAUUGUCCCAUCAGCAACAGCAAUUGCAGCAUCAGUUGCAGCAAGCCCAGCUGCGCAACGUAACUGUGCAACAACGCCAAUCGCAGCCUCAGCAGCAGCAACAGCAACAACAACCGCUGUUGUUCCAGAUGCAACGCGACAUUGGGAAUACACCUGUCAUCACACAAUAUGUGUCGAGUGCCUCUCCUGCCAUAACGUCGCAGACGAUCGUCUCGUCUGUGGCCAAUGUGCGGACGGCGCAAACCACCCUGACACCACUGAGCGCAGGCGCCACCGGUAAUCACAUGAUCUACACCACAACUACCGGUGAAAUUGUGACGGCGGCACCCAGCAGCGUCCAGAAGCUUGCCUAUGCCAUACAGAAGAGCGGUGGUGGUGGCGGCGGAGCAAAUACGCCCACACAAAUGCCCGGCACCAUUGGACCCAAUACGGUGAUCACGCUGUCUAAUGUGAAGCUGCAGAACGAUGGGCAAUCACCAAGCACGAAUGUGCUGACAAUUGAUGGCAGCGGUGCAGCACCCUCAGCAGGCGGUACAGGAGCGCAAAGCGUGAACAUCAUCAACACGGCCAGUGGGCAACAAGUAGCAGUGCACAGCAUUGCCGGUAUGCAGUUGCCAGCAGGUGUGGUGGCCAGCUCCGCAGCCACCCCGUUAAUUGUGACCACACCCCCGCGCAACAAUACGCAACAGGUUCAGGUGCAGCAGCAGCCGAUCGUGUGGCGGCAGUUAAGUGGUACCACCACGUCCGAGGCGCCAGCCACAGCGGUCGGCAACAAAAUUCUGUGGACGAAUCGCGCGGGCCAAAAGCGGCAGCUGAAUGGUCCCGAAAAUACAGACAUCAACAAAUUGCUAUUGAAUCGCAAGUUCUCACAGCGUAAGGUUAUCCAAGGACAGCCUGGGUCGCAACAACAACAGCAGAUCCAAUUGACCAAACAGCAGCUUCAGCAACUGGUGCAACAAGAGGACGAGCAGCUGGUUGUAAAUGCCACGGGCAACAGUGAUCAUCUCGGCUUACAGGAAAGCAGUGGCAAUGCCAGCAACGUUGAUGCGUUGAAUCAGCAGCAACAACAGCAGCAGCUACAAAAGCUAAGCAAAGUAAUUAAAAUGGCUCCGUUCCCACUUCUGGUGUCCGAUCUGAAUCAGCAGAAGCCAAAUUCCGCAGCUGCUAUUGCGGCCAAUCACAAUUAUAGUCUGCAGCCAACAGCAAUCAUCACGUCACAAGCGACACCACAACAGGCCAACAAGAUAUUCCUAACCAGCAGCAACAGCAGCGGCACGGGAAACUUUACAAUUGCCACGGCGAGCGAGUUACAAGCAGCAGCGGCUAAUGCCAAUAACUCGGCCCAAAAAAUGCACUUCAAGGAUCUGCAGAACUCAAAUCUCAAGCUGAACUUUGUCACCACAUCAACGGCUACAGUGAGCGCGGGCGACAACCUAGUGACACAGGCGCCGCAAACUCAGCAAGUCGGUGCGACUACUGUGGUUCUGAACAAGGGCCCUUCCUGUCUACCGACGAGCAUGCAACAGCAACAACAGCAACAAAAGUUAAAGACAGUAUCAUCGUCAAACGCGUCAGUAGUUGGAACCACCCAACAGGGUGACAGGCGUGUUCUCUACACUAGUCUGCUGAAUGUGAAGCCGCUGCAGAAGAACAAUACUGGCCAGAUGCAAAUGCAAAUCGGACCCAGUGGCCUACAGCAAGUGUUACGGACGCGUCUGAACAACUCAGCCAUUUUCACGCGCACCUUGCCGCUGGGCACCACAGUGAACAGCACGUCUGGCGGCGGCAGCGCUGGUAACACGAUGCAGGUGGGCACGAGCACGCCAACAACACUGAGGCAGCUGGUCUCUACGAAUUCGAACAGCGUAAGCACAUCGGAUACCGGCACGUUGCUUACGACCACCAAGGAGGUGAGCAAGGCGCUUACUGUGGAACAGGUGAUUGCGAGUGCGAAUAAUGGCGGUGUCGUUAUGCCCAGUAGCAACAAUAAUAACAACAGCGGCGGGGGAAACAGUGCUGGGAACGGUGGCGGCAGCGGAGUUACGGUGACAACGACUGGAACAGUGAACGCAAAUGCGAUGACACCCACCAUCAAUAGAUGAGAUACGGACAGCUAACAUCAAAUACAAAGUGGUUGCACUGUGAAUCUGCCAAGUGGCACUUCCCUCAGUCUAGCGCCCGUACCUGUGGCUUAUGGCGGCGGACCCAUACCGACAACGAAUCCCCUUAUGGUGGCUCUCGGUCAGUUGCUGCAGCCGCAGUGCUGUUGUGCGCUCUGUCUUGUUAAUCUGGGCAAGCAGACGACUUAAGCUCGUCCGGUGUAUUUCGGAUUGGUAUCACCAUCGCCAACACUGAUGGGCAUUAAUUAGGUUGGGAAAUCCCAAAGUACUCUAAGCUUGUUGUUGUUGUUUUUGCUAAGGAGAACCCGCUACUAGUUGAAAACACAGCAGAAUGUAACAAAUCACAUACCUAAUUACAUACAUAGGUUAUAUAUAGAUUUUCAUAUAUGUAUAAAAAUACCUAAAGUAAUGCGCUAUAAAUAUUCAGUGUGAAUAUAUAUAUAUAUAUCUGUAAAAUGUUGGAAACGAGAAAGCGAUAAAACCAAAACACCAAAAUUCAAAA